AUGGAGCAUGGCCUUGCAAAUGUCAAGAUCUCAGAGCAAGACCUCGUCGGCAAAGUGGCAAUCGUGACGGGUGCUUCGCGCGGCAUUGGACGAGCCAUCGCCAUUCACCUCGCAAGCCGUGGUGCGAAUAUCAUCGGAACAUGCUCUGCGCCAUCGUCUGUGUGCAAAAUCGAAGAUCUGAAAGCCGAGAUAGAUUCACUAUACAGAAAUGCUAAUAAGCUUUCUGUACCUCAGAUUAAAGGCGUGGUUGCGCCUUUACUAGAGCCUCGAGAGUACUGCACUGCCAUUGUCAACGCCGUCAAAGAGUAUGGGAGCUUGAACAUACUCGUGCAAAACGCGGCGGUCGUGGAGGUUGCGUCAGUGGGCAUGAUCACUCAGGACCACAUUGAUCGCUUGCUUACGGCCAAUAUUGAAGCACCUGUGUUUCUCGUGCAAGCACUUCUCCCGUACUUCCAGACGGAAAGUCGAAUCAUCAACAUCUCUUCUGAAGGAGGCCGAGAUCCUUCUCCAGUUGCUCGUACGUAG